AUGCCCAAGGCAACAGCAUCCUGGGCUGCGUCGGCUGCGCAUAUAGUCAACACCAUUACUGCUACUCCGCCGGAGGCCACCGAGCCGCCGGAGCCGACGGACCGUCUAGAACCGCCGAAGCCGCCCAAGCCGCCGGAGUCCACGGAACCACCGGACCGCCCAAAGCCGCCGGGGCAGCGGGUGCCCCCGGAGCUGCCCGAGCCGCCGGAGCCGCCGCAGCCGCCCCAGUCACUAGAGCCCCCGGAGCCGCCGGGGCCGCCCCAGCUAGGGGCUACGAUGCCCCCGCCCCCGCCGGGGGCCACGAUGUCUUCUGUCAUGAGGUCGGCGAACGGCUACUUCGGCUUUGAGAGCAGCAGCAGCAUCGAAGAGGACACUAACGACCACCACGUGGUGCACGCUCUAGACGCUCUGCCGUCUAAGGGCGCCGCCCAAAGAACAGGCGUCGAGCCGCAGCUCGGACGCUCGGAGGCACUGAUGAUGCAGCAGUGUGAGCAAGCGGCGCAAUGGAAGGAGCGGCUCGCCCCCAUGCUGGAGCGGGUACUUGCCAGCCAGGAGCGGCCGCCAGCUGGGGUCGAGACCAGGAGCGGAGCUACAAAAGAGUAA